CAAGCCUAGUUAUUCCCACGAUUCUGUAUACACAAAGGAUGUGUGUGUAUACAUCAGUGCCAAUAUCACCCCCAUGCAAUCACUGCAUACUUAUAAGUAUCAGGGUGAAUAAGCAGUGGGAAGUGAUUUAUAGUAAGUCUCUCUCGUAUUGGACCAAGAUGCCUAGCAGCAAAGUUUUGAUAUUGUAUUACUACAAUGUUUUGCAAACUGUGCAAGUGUAUGCCGGACUUUGUAUAUAUAAAGAUAAGAUUGCAAAUACCUAUACUAUAGUUCUUGUAUAAUUAUCACGAUCCUUGUCAGAUUGUAUAAGUUAGAUUUUCAGUUUCCCCCACACAGCAAAAGACCUCUUGAGCUAGGGAAUUUGUACAAGUAUUAUGUGACAUGUACAGUGAGUGUUUGAUAAGCUAAUUAUAAUUAGCGUAUCAAAUGUAUCGUAUCAGGGCUUUCCAAUUUGGGGAAAGUCCUGCAUGGGCUGUUAUACAGAUUCUCUGAAGUCAUAUCGUGCCAGUGUGUUUGACAAUGAGAAUUGAGAAGCUGUGUGCAAUGGCAAGAAAGUUAUGUUACAUCUACUGUGCCUGGCCAUAGUCCGGCCACCCUAUUUGAACUUUACACGGGGGAAACACUUUUUUGCUCAUUUGGUAGCCUCGGUCGGCUCUCCUUUUUCUGUUCUUUUCACAAUCGUUCAAUAAGGUAUUAAUUGGAGGAAAUAAAAAGAAAUAGAGAUAAAGUUAGAGCCUGGGAUGCGAAGUCGCGUGAGGGUGGGCAGGUAGGUUGAGAUAUUGGACUGUUAAAUAAACGUUGUGCAGGCACUGGUGGACAUGGCCAUAUAGACUUGGAAUUGGAAGUUUGUAAGCAAUUCAAUCAAGCUAGCUAGCUAUACCUACGUAUAGCUUACUAGAUCGUGUGUUUUACUUAGAUCUAGCUAGAGUCUAUUCAGUUUCUUGUCUAUUAAAUGUGUGUAUGUAUAUUUCUUGUAUGUUGUAAAAGCUAUAUAGAUCUGCUAGACACUGACUAUAAUAGCUUAUAGUCAUCAUCAUGAUCUAUAGCAAGUAGCUAGUAAGCUACGUACCAUGUAUCUCACACACGCCAAUUAAUUUACACUACAUACCUUAAGGUGACAUAUUUUUGGAGUAUUAAUUUCUGCUAUUUCUGCGAAUGAGAGUAAAAUUGCAAAAAUGUGUGCUCGCAGAUAAUUGGAAAUUGCAUUGAAUCUCAACUUGAGCAAGAAUUAGCAGAAUUUAAUACCAGCAAAAUGAGCUAAACAGUGACAUCGCAAACAAAUCUACCUGAUUGUCGAUGUCUAAGAUUAGACUGGCGGCAACAGAGCGACUGGCAAACUGCCUAUCAGUCACUCGUCUCAGCGGAAGUGUAAUAGAUCAUAUGACACUACUAAACAUGAAUAUCAUUAUAGAUAAUGUGGUUAAAUUUUGCUAUGAGAUUCAGCUACUAUGGAAUGCACUGAAUCUCCUGAAGUGUAAGUGCGGUUACAAUUACAGGGCUAAUAUGACGUUGAGCAAUCUGAUAGGCUGCAAUGCUUGUUGCAGCUGAGACGAGUGACUGAUAGGCAGUUUGCCAGUCCCUCGCGCUACGCGAGGGGCUGUCGCCGCCAGUCUAGUCUAAGAUAUAGAUCUAGGGCCGGCCAGAGGCUCUGGGUCAGAGGUGACCAUUGCCAUUGGCUCAUAAAUGUUUUCAAUAUUAUUUUCACAACUUCCUUUCCUUAGAAUUAGGAGCAUGCCAGCUCAGCACAUUUUACUGGAACAGCUGACUGCAUGCUCUUAUAAAAUGAAAAGGCUAGGCCUUGGGCCUAGCGCCUACUUACAAAAUGAGUUUGGUCAGUCAGUAUGUAGGAUGUAAAAAGUGUACAGUGUUGCUCCUAGCUUUAACCAUAUACACUGCUACUGUAUGGUACCUAGCCAAAUUGUCUCAAUGUGAGCCGCUGGAUCACAAUGAAUGGAGCCAACCGGCAGAUACCACAGCUGUAUCCAAUGACUUGCCUGAAACAGCUUAUAUUCCAAAUAAUGUACUACUCGUGAUAGUCAUUUCAAAACCCGAGAACAGAGCUAGGAGAGAUGUGAUUAGGAAGACUUGGGUGGGUAGCUAUGUCGAACACAAAAAGAAGUUUGCAGUCAAGUUUGUUAUAGGAACCCUUGAUCUGAAUGCUAACAAAACAGAGUUGCUAAUUUCAGAGAAUAAGACGUUUGGCGAUGUAUUACUUUUGACCGAUCACCUGGAUUCAUACAAGAACCUCACCAGGAAAGUUUUACAUACCUUUAUAUGGGUGGACAAGAACACAAACUACUCCUUUGUACUGAAACUUGACGACGACUCAUUCCCUAAAUUGGAUCGGAUUGAAUUGGAAUUGAAAAAAAGAACUAGCCAUAGACCUCUCUACUGGGGUUUGGUUCAAUCACGUAAACCAAAUAAAAAAGGAAAGUGGGCGGAAACACAUUGGAAGUUGUGUGACAAAUACCUGCCGUAUGCAUUGGGAUUGGGUUAUGUAUUAUCUAAAGACCUUAUACACAGAAUUGCUAUCAAUGCUGACGGUCUUACACUCUACAACAACGAAGAUGUCUCAGUUGGAGCUUGGAUCAGUCCAUUUGACUUAGAAAGAAAAAAUGACGAACGAUUUCGUACAAAGGUAGAUACAAAUUGGGAUCACAAACAGUGCAAGGACUAUCUUCUGGUUCAUCAUCUGUCUAUUGAAGAUACGGAGAAAACUCACAAAAUAAUGAAGAGUAAAGGAGUUUUGUGUUAAUGCUUGUGUUAAUGCUUGUGUUAUUGUUCUAUUCUGCGUGUGUGUUUUUACAUGCUCGUGUAACUGAAUUAUGGCUUCAUUUAUGCUUUUUGUGGUUGUCAAGUUGUGCCAGGGACUUCUACAUGGAAUUGCUAAUUAUCACUAAGCAUAAUGUUAUAGAUGGAAGCCCUUUUUAACCAAGGAAUAUGAAAUUUUAAUACUUAUCAAAAUGGAAAAAUGCAGUGGGAAGUGAUUUAUAGUAAUUAGUCUCUCUCGUAUUGGACCAAGAUGCCUAGCAACAAAGUUUUGAUAUUGUAUUACUACAAUGUUUUGCAAACUGUGCAAGUGUAUACCGGACUUUGUAAAGAUAAGAUUGCAAAUACCUAUAGUAAUUAUCACGAUCCUUGUCAGAUUGUAGAUUUUCAGUUUCCCCCACACAGCAAAAGACCUCUUUGAGCUAAGGAAUUUGUACAAGUUUUACGUGUACAGUGAGUGUUUGAUAAGCUAAUUAUAAUUAGCGUAUCAAAUGUAUCGACUUUCCAAUUUGGGGAAAGUCCUGCAUGGGCUAUUAUUCAGAUUCUCUGAAGUCAUAUCGUGCCAGUGUGUUUGGACAAUGAGAAUCGAGAAGCUGUGUGCAAUGUAAAUUAUGGCAAGAAAGUUACGUUACAUCUACUGUGCCUGGCCAUAGUCCGACCACCCUAUUUGAACUUUACACGGGGGAAACACUUUUUUAGCUGGUUGGAGCUUACCAGCUCUACAGCAUAUAGAUAGAAGCGCUUUUUAACCCAAUGGUAUAUGAAACUUUGAAUUUUAGUGAAGUAUGACAAAGUUAUGACAACUUUAUGAAGGUCAAACUCAACACAAAUAGACUUUAGAUACUGACUACAAUAGCUUAGUCAUCAUCAUGAUUUAGCAAGUAGCUAGUAAGCUACGUACCAUGUAUCUCACACACGCCAACUCAUUUACACUACAUACCUUAAGGUGAAAUAUUUUCGGAGUAUUAAUUUCUGCUAUGAGAGUAAAAUUGCAAAAAUGUGUACUCGCAGAUAAUUGGAAAUUGCAUUGAAUCUCCAACUUGAGCUAGAAUUAAGAAUUUAAUACCAGCGAAAGGAGCUAAACAGUGACAUCGCAAACAAAUCUACCUGUGAAAAUAUGUCACCUUAAGGUACUCUAUUAUGGUCACAUCUAUGGCUUAUUGAAACUCGAUCACUCUUGGAACACGAUCACCCUUUGGAACUUGACAACCAUCUACUAUUGAUGUUUUUACUUAGCACCAGCCUAACCUUAAUGGAAUGCUAUGUUUUUAUGCCUCGAGGCGUAGCCGCACGAGGGAUACGGUAAAGCUGACUGUGUGUGUGUGUCUGUUUCAUGUAACUGCUCAACGGUUGCAAUGCGACGAAAACUAUAUAGGCUUCUAGCCACGUUCUCUUGGAUUUUGUUUCGGAUUAGCAAACUACAUAUUAUAGCUUCUUUCUCGAGUUAUGGCUAGUUUGACUCACAUUGCAGUCUUUUUAGAAUCUUUCGUAGCAUCAUUUGUUCGCACAAGUUUCUAUUCAACUUAUGAGUUAGCCUUGCAGUAAAGCGCUAGUUUUUUUAUUAGCUACAAAAGUCAGAAAAGAGUUGCUAAAGUAGCAAGCUAUUUAAUUUUUGUAAACUUGCCCUCUUGCAGACACACCCCUUAUUCCUGUGGAUCUAAUGUGCAUGCGCGUUCAUCAUCCCCACGUGUAAGAAAAUCCAGAUCCUGGCGGAAUCACUUUUUAUCUUUCUUCUUGACGUCCUGGUAAUUAAGCCACAAAAUACUGCAAUGAUACCAUGCAUGCAUAUACAAUAGAUGCAUGUACGAAAGUUUUUUCUUCUCAGUUAUAAUUAUAGAUAGAUAUAUACUUAUAAUACACAUUCGAAAUCAAAUGCAAAUUUUAAAUUCCCUCUACUAUAACGAAGGAAAGCAUAACAUGGCGAGAGGCAUUAGCACAGCGCAGCUUGCAACACUCGUUGACUAAGUGAAGUGAAGUCUAUUGAGUCUAUUAUGGCAUGCUUAAGUUUCCUGCUAUAUACAGCUUUUGAUCAUGAAUACAUGUAAUCUAUUCUCUGAUUCUCACUGUUACUUCAUUAUAAUGUCUGUGGUUUUGUUGCUUUG